AAAGGCAAGAUGCGGCCGAGUUUCAUAGCUGCCUUCUUUCUAUUGAGCUGGACAUAUUGUUCAGCUUUCCCUCUACCUUAUGAAGAAGAAGAUGAUGAUGAUGAUCUGACACAGGAGGACCUCCAGUUUGCAGAGAACUAUUUGAAGACAUACUACAAUCUUUAUUCUAAUCCUGCUGGCAUACUGAUGAAGAAGGCAUCGAACACUGCAACAGAAAAACUUAGAGAAAUGCAGUCAUUCUUUGGCUUGGAAGUGACAGGCAAACUGGAUGAUGACACUCUAGAUGUGAUGAAAAAGCCAAGAUGCGGGGUCCCGGAUGUGGGAGAAUACAACUUUUUCCCCCGAAAUAUCAAGUGGCCUAAGUUUGAUUUAACAUACAGGAUCCUGAAUUACACUCCAGACAUGACCCAAGCAGAAGUGGACAAGGCAAUAAGAAAAGCACUGAAGGUCUGGUCUGAUGUGACACCUCUCAACUUCACCAAGCUCCACAACGGCACUGCUGAUAUCAUGAUCUCCUUUGGAACAAAAGAGCAUGGAGACUUCUAUCCCUUUGAUGGCCCUUCUGGACUUCUGGCUCAUGCUUUUCCUCCUGGACCCAACUAUGGAGGGGACGCUCAUUUUGAUGAUGAUGAGAUCUGGACAAAUAGUGCCAAAGGAUAUAACUUGUUCCUUGUUGCUGCCCAUGAAUUUGGCCAUUCCUUGGGCCUGGACCACUCCAAGGAUCCUGGUGCACUCAUGUUUCCCAUCUAUACCUAUACUGGCAAAAGUGGCUUCAUGCUUCCUGAUGAUGAUGUACAAGGGAUCCAGACUCUUUAUGGCCCUGGAGAUGAAGACCCUGACCAUAAACAUCCCAAAACCCCAGACAAAUGUGAUCCUGCCUUGUCACUGGAUGCUGUCACUACCCUUCGAGGGGAAACAAUUAUCUUUAAAGAUAGAUUCUUCUGGCGUCUGCAUCCUCAGAUGAUUGAGCCAGAUCUGUUUUUAACUAAAUCAUUUUGGCCAGAACUUCCAAACGUUAUUGAUGCUGCAUAUGAGAACCCUGCUCAUGACCUGAUAUUCAUCUUUAGAGGCAGAAAGGUUUGGGCCUUGAACGGCUAUGACAUACUGAAAGAGUACCCCAAGAAGAUCUCUGAACUGGGGUUCCCAAAAGAGGUGAAGAGGAUAGAUGCCGCAGUUCACAUUGAAGCUACAGGAGAGACCCUCUUCUUCACUGGAGAUCAUUUCUGGAGCUAUGAUGAAACUAACCAUGCAAUGAACAAAGGCUAUCCCUGGCUACUUGAGGAAAAAUUCCCAGGAAUUGGUAACAGAAUAGAUGCUGUCUAUGAAAAAAAUGGUUAUAUCUACUUCUUUAGUGGAGUCCUACAGUUUGAAUACAGCAUCUGGAGUCAACGCAUUGUUCGAGUUAUGCCAACCAAUUCCCUCUUGUGGUGUUGAAUGUGGCUGUGCUAUUUUAUAUCAUGGUUCAAUUUUUUACCCAUGAAGAAAUGUGACUAUAGGUUUUGGGGCCUACCCAGGAAAGAGCCUCAUUCUGUCAACACAUUCCCUAUGAACUUUAUUAUUGAAAAUGCACUGUAUAAAUGGGGAAGUGGUAAUAUUUUAUGUCAGGCUGGAACUGCAUUACUUAAACCAAUGUAAUUUGGUAUCUCUGUGGUCUACUAGAUGUGUUAAGUAUGAAAAACAGAAGCCCUGUGGAGAAAGGUUAAUCAUGGAGGGUGGAAUGUCUGGAAUGAAUAUAUCCUAGUCAACUUCUCAAAGACCUGAAGAAACAAUAUGACAUUUUACCAAGAAUGUUCUCAUUUCUAAGCCUAUCUCCCAAUAGUUACUAGUGGGAAACUUAAACAAUCACCAAAGAAAGGCAAGGGGGCAGUCUAAUGAUUAGGACUGUAUAAUUGAAAGUCAAGAGUCCUGACUUCUGUUUCAUUUUGGUCAUGCAAAUGACCCAGAGGUUGAAUUUCAGUAAGGUAAAUACUUUCAUUUGGAAGAAAAGGGUCAAUGAGUUAUCUGUUUUUUGUAAGCUAUUUUAGGUAUUUUAAUUUUAUUUUAUUUUAAAUGUUUUAUUGAUGCUUUUUUACAUCACAGUUAUUUCCCAAUAAUGCUCCCUGCUAAGAGAACCCUCCCUUAUAACUAAGAAAAACAGUUAAACAAACCCAAACAAUCUAGUGAUGGCAUUUGGCAUUGUAUACAGCAUUCCACACUCAGAAUCUCCCACCUCUCUACUGAGAGGAGGGAAGUAUGUUUUAUCAUUAGUCCUUUAGUUGCAAGAUAGGUCAUUGCAUUUGAGUUCCCUUAGAUCUCUUUAGAGAAGGGGUGGAGAUGUAAUGUCCACUGUCUGAAUAAUUUAAGCCAAAAAAAGAAAAAAGAAAAAGAAAAAGAAAAAGAAAGAAAUCACUGCUUUCCAUCAUCCAGGUAUUUUAGGUAAAAGUAGUUGUGGUUUUGUGUAUUUUAAAUAAGUAACUACCUUAAUUGUCUACUGCAUCAGGAAUGUGUAGACACAGUUCUUGUUUAGACCUCUUAAUUUGUGAUAAAAGUUGCUUUAUAAAUUGAAAAUGACAACUGGAGAUAUCAAUAUAACAAUAAAAAUUAUGGCUAUCUAGGAAAGGUUCAUGAAGCUAGAAAAUCUUGUGGUUUAGAAAAAUGGAUAAAGAACAAGAAAUAGCAACACGGUUUUCAAAUGCACUUGGAAAAGU